UGUAGAUAAGAAAUCAAGCUAAUAUUUUUUUUACCUCACCUCAAAUUUAAAUAUAACUGAGAUAAAACAUUUUAUGACUCAAUUAGUUACUUACCAGUCAAUCAUAACUUUCUUUUUUUAUACUAGCACAGAUAUGGGUGUAUUAGAAAGGAUAUCUGAAAUUGAAGCCGAGAUGGCUCGUACUCAGAAGAAUAAAGCGACGAUGGCACAUUUAGGAACUUUGAAGGCACGCCUAGCUAAGUUAAGAAGAGAAUUGAUAACACCAAAAGGAGGCGGUGGAUCCGGGGCAGGAGAGGGUUUUGACGUCGCUAAAACAGGAGAUUCGAGAGUAGGAUUUGUCGGAUUUCCAUCUGUGGGUAAAAGUACACUUUUAUCUAAUUUAGCUGGUGUGUAUUCUGAAGUUGCCGCCUAUGAAUUUACCACGUUGACAACCGUUCCAGGCGUUGUAAAAUAUAAAGGCGCAAGGAUCCAACUAUUAGACUUGCCUGGUAUCAUUGAAGGUGCAAAAGAUGGGAAAGGUAGAGGCAGACAAGUCAUAGCUGUAGCUCGGACUUGCGAUUUGAUCCUAAUGAUACUUGAUGUUACCAAACCUUUAAAACACAAACUCUUGUUAGAAAAAGAACUCGAAGGAUUUGGAAUUCGUUUAAACAAAUCCCGUCCUCCAAUAGUAUUUAAAAGAAAAGAUAAGGGUGGCGGUGGUUUAAAUUACAACGCGGUGGUCGCUCAAUCGGAAUUAGAUAUAGAUCAAGCUAAAACGAUUUUAGCUGAAUAUAAGAUACACAAUGCUGAUAUUACGCUCAAGGGUGACGUUACAGCAGAUGAUUUGAUUGAUGUUAUUGAGGGUAAUCGCGUUUACAUUCCUUGCUUAUACGUUUUAAACAAGAUAGAUGAAAUAUCGCUGGAAGAAUUAGAUAUAAUAACAGAAUUGCCCCAUUGCGUCCCCAUUUCUGCCCAUUUAAGAUGGAAUUUCGAUGAAUUAUUAGAAACAAUGUGGGAUUAUAUGAAUUUAGUAAGAGUUUAUACAAAACCUAAAGGCCAAAUCCCAGAUUAUGAUUCACCCGUUAUAUUAAAACAAAGGUCAAAAAGUGUAGAAGAUUUUUGCAAUAACAUACAUAAAUCCAUAUUAACACACCUAAAAUAUGCAUUAGUGUGGGGUAGUUCGGUAAAACAUAAUCCACAAAAAGUAGGUAAAGAACAUGUAUUAAAUGAUGAAGAUGUUAUUCAAAUUAUAAAACGUGUUUGAAUUGUGAUAGAUAUAUUUUUUAAAUAAAAAAAUAUUUAUAAUGUUGAAAUACUUGGCAGCAUAUU